UUUACUGUUUUGUGUAUGUUUGUAUUUGACUGCGGUGGGGAGUUUCUGUAUUUGGGAAUAAAUUGUGCUUACUUCAAUGAACACGAAAUAUGAAUGCUAAUCUAAAGAGCCCAUAAUAAUAAUGUCGGCUAUAGGUUUCGGUGACGAACUUGUUCGUGAUUAUUUAUUAUUCAGGGGAUUUUUAAGUGCAUUAAAAGCAUUUGAUAGCGAAAUCAAAGCCGAUAAAGAUAGAGGAUUUCGUCCAGACAGAAUUGUUGAACAUUUGAGUAGCUGCAUUAUCAAUUUGGAUUUGAAUUCUCUGAGGGAAUCAUGGGCCCAUUUAGACCAGAGAUUUUUCGCAAGACUCGAACAUUCAUUUUUGGGUACUGCCAAAAAAUUAGAGACAGCGUUACUCCGAAUGUAUUUAGUUACUUGUAUCUCUUCUGGAAGGCAAGACAAAUUACUGGAUUUUUUUGAAAAAAUGACUCCAGAAUUACAAGGCCAGCCUGAAUGGAAAGACUGGUUUGCAUUGCCAUUUAUUAAAAAUGCAGAUGAGCACCCUACUUAUGCAGCAUUCUUUUCCCGACAAUGGCAGGAUACAAUGCUUCUUUCUCUUCAUAAUUUUAUUAGUGUUGUGUUUCAAAGUGCAGCUAUGCCAACUUUAUUGAGUUAUGAAGAAGAGUUAAUGAAACUUCAACAUCUGACUGAAGAAAAUGAAAUAUUGAAGAAAAAAGCAUUAGCUGCCCUUCAAGCUGGUGAAAAUAUUGAACUGCCAAAGCCAUCUCGUGAUGCAGAGUCUUGUGGCUUGAGUGCUACAUCUGAAUUGAUGGACGAUUUCUAUGUCAUUGCUCAAGAAACUCCCCCUGAAAGUACUGGUCGUUCUAUUAAAUCUUUAAUCAGGAAUAUUAGUGGAGGUCUUCCAACAUCUCCUGUUUUAAGUCGCCGACCUACUGAACCCCGGAAAAUGGAAGAAAGUACAGGUUCUUUAAAAUCAACCAAGGCAAAACCAAGAUCACCCAGUGUACCACCUCAAUCUUCACUCUCAGUAUUUGAAUCUUCUCGAUCCAAGAAAGAUUCUCCAGAAACUUUGAGAUCUGUUUCACAUGAUGAAGGGCAUUCAAGAUUGGAGAAAAAGGUGAAGCCACAGCCUUCACGAUCUGCAUCAGUACAGCCUGUAAUACAGUCUAUGAAAGAGGAAGCAAUGAGUGGUUUUAUUAUUCUUAGUCGUGAAAAAUAUUCUGAACACAAUUCUUUGAUAACACACUGCAAGUUUAACUGUUCUGGGACAGCUGUUGCUAGUUCUGAUAUGGAUGGUGUUAUUAAAAUAUGGAAUGCAAUUCCUUCCAUAUCAACUUUAUCAACAAUAAUGUCUAAAACAAGUGUUCUGUCCUUAGAUUGGGAUCGCAAACGAGAACGUUUGUUGCUAUAUGGUGGGACAACUGGAAUGGUGAGGCUGUAUGAUACUAAAGAAAGACGAGUUGUUAAAGAAAUUUGUACAGAAAGCAGCAGUAACAAUAACCAGAGAGUUCUUUGCAUCUGUUGCAGUCCACUGGGAACAAACUUUGUAACUUCUACAAGUUUAGGAGAAGGGGGUCAGCUUUCUCUUUGGGAUAUGAAAACAUUAUCUUUGGAAAGACAACUUUUACCAAAGUCUGAUAAAGCUUGUGUACAUUGUUGUUCUUUCAACCAUAAUGGGCAACUGCUUCUGAUUGGUUCUUCAGAUGGAACUUCCUCAAUAUUAGAUUUGAGAACUUCUGAAAUUUUUGCAACAUGGCCUUCUCAUCCUGGAGGUGUGUUUUCAACAGAAUUCAGCUUGGAUGAAACAGCUUGUUACACUCUGGGAGCCGAUAAAAAGUUUACUUCUUGGAGUGCGAAUAGGACGGGCCAGAAGUUGUGUGAUCUGGAUAUUUAUUGUGAUUUCUCAGAACCUAUCUCUACUUAUGGAAAAAGGUUUUGCUUCAACAGCGAUGGAAGUCACGUGCUGACGUGUGGACCCCUCGGUGGAAUCAUCUAUAAAAUUGGGAACUCUACAGCCGCUCCUGUGCUGGACAUCGGAGGCCACAACAAAUCUGUGAACACGGUGGACUGGUCAGCUGCCAUGGAGAGCAGCACUUGCAUCUGUGGUACGGUUGACGGGCGAGUGAUCGUCAGCACCCUACUGAACCAGUGAUUUGCACCCGGUGAUUUUUUCCCUUCAUGUUAUAUCAUUCCAUUUUUUAAAAAAAUAAAGUCUAU